GUAUGUGAAUCCAAUCAUCUUCCUUUCUUAUGUAAAUGAAUCACACAAUUACUGUUUCAAGUAUUCAAGUAAGUGUUUCUAACUUCUCUGCAUUUUGUAAAACUUUUCGAUUCUUAAAUAGCUCAGAAAUUUGUAUCAUCUAUGCUAUAUGCUUGAUAAGCUACAAACCUUUAGUAGUUUGAUACAAACACUGGUAUGGCAUGCCAAAUUCAUUGGCAAUGUGUUCCCAAAUUAUAUCAGAUACAAUAAUUUGAAAAUCUGAUUUAAAAAUAUAUGUAAUGAUUUGUGAUGUAUAUAUAGUAGUGAUUCAUGUAUAUUUAUAUGCUAGUUAUUGGAUGUAUACUCAUUAUAUUCUUUGUUUAUCAUUGAGAAAGUAGAGUAACCAUUUUUGGAAGAAAUUUCAAUUUCUUUCUAUUGUAAGAAGAAAAUUAAGGGGUAGUAUUGGAUCCGUAGUAGGCAAAAAUAACUCGUCUGAUAGAGGAUGCUACCAAAUAAUCUUUCCAUCUAAUUUUAGUGUGGUUAUAAGAGAAACAAGAAUGUAAGAAAAAAAUUAAAUUCGAUGAAAAUAACUAAAAUUUCUUCAGUUUGUUUAUCCUUCCGUUUUUAGUGUCUUCUUGGAUAAUUAAAAUCUCGUCAACAAACUAUUUUAUUCUGGUAGUUUAACUACUAAAUUUCACAUGAAAAUCACUUAGUAUGGACUCACCAGGUGUAUCAGAUCCUUGAAGCAUAUUACAGUCAAUAUUUCAAGUUUAAUAUUAAGAUUGUAUACAUUUUUCUUUGUUUAACAUUAUUUAUUAUAUAAUUACAAGUUAAAUAUUAUAUAAAUAACUCUACAACCGACAAUUUUACAUUUCUUAAGAAGAUUUACAUUUGACUGUACCAUAAUUUUGAGUUGCUUUAUGAAAUUUUACGUUGGAUGAUUUCAGUUGCACUAUGCUGAAGAUUUCAUAUAAAUAUUUUUUCAUUAAUUUACAUAAUCGUUAAUAAACAGAAAUCUCAGAAACCCAAAAUUCAUAUCUCAUAGUACAGAAAUAUUAAUGAAUAUUCAGUUAAAUCACUAUACCAAAUAGUAUUUAAUUAUUGUUUGUUUAGAUAGUACAUAAUUACGUACAUUUGAGUCAUCUUUAUUUUAGAAAAUGUUCUAAACUACAUUUAGUUUUGAACAGCAUAUGUUAAUUUCUUAACAGGUAUAGAUUGGUUUUCCUAACAAUAUCAAAUAUGUUUUUUUUGUCAGCAGUAUCCAGACAUCAUUUAACUAUAUUACAUUUUCUUCAAUUAAAACAUUAAUUAAGGUUUGUGCUAGUAUUGUUGUUAUGUUUUCAACCAACUUCAAAUCCAAUCAUCCAUGCGGGUCGACAAAGGAGCCAUAUUUAGGUAUUUUCCUUAAUCGAUUUGCUUAAAGUCCUUUUCUAAUUUAAUUUAGAUUAUAACUUAAUGUCCUUUUCAAACGACAAACUCUAAACGCAGUUAGCAUCGCCUUAAUUUACUCUUAUAGUUCACAGUUUGCAUGUUUUUUUCUGGCAAAGUUUGCAAUUCAAUAAUUAAUAUGUUGUUUAAUAAAUGAGGAAAUGCAACUUCAUCCUUAUUAUUUUGGGUAUUUGAUAUCAAAGAUUCGCGGAGUGAGAAGAGAUGAGAUUUGUAGUCGUUACAAACAAUGCGUUUCUUAGUCUCCUGACGUUGAUCCAUGUGGAAGUGUACUCUUGUUCCUGAUUUCCAUAUGAAUUCUAAAUAAUUGAUAUGUUGUUUCGAAUUUCAGUAAUUAAACUUCUAAUUCCACUUCUACUAAAAUAUAAAAAAUAUAUUUUAUUCCACUUCUACUAAAAUAUAAAAACUAUAUUUUCUGUAACAUAUAUUUGUAUGUAAGUUACAAAAACAUAUUAUAUUCAUAUGUAAUUAGAUAUUCAACUAAAGGUAGUUUGGUUUAUAGUGGAUGUUUCAAUGGCCUCGAUUUCAUCGAAGUACGUAAUAGGGGAAUCGUCAGCCUUUUGGAGUGAAAGUUGUAAGCGUUCUAGAGAGUUUUUACAUGCAAAAAGAGUUCUUGGCCCUAAGGAUAUACACUUCCACGUAGAUCAAUGUCACGAGACGAAGCUCUAUAUAUACAGGUAGAGAAGCGCAUUGUUUGUAACGACUACAAAUCUCUUCUCACUUUGAAGAAAACCACGAACCUUUGAAAUCAAAUACCCAGAAAAUAAGAAUGAAAUUGCCUUUUCUCAUUCUCCUUCUGAUAGCGACGUGGUUUACAAAAAACGUUAUUUCUCCUUCUCCUGAAUCUCGACUACUUGAUAGAAGUGAUUUUCCAGAUGAUUUCAUUUUUGGAACUGCAACGUCGGCCUUUCAGACCGAAGGUGCAACUAGUGAAGGUGGGAAAUCCCCAACUAUUUGGGAUUACUUCAGCCACACUUUUCCAGAAAGAACAAAUAUGCAGAAUGCAGAUGUGGCAGUCGAUUUUUAUCAUCGUUAUAAGGAUGACAUCAAAUUGCUGAAAGAGCUAAAUAUGGACUCUUUCAGAUUUUCAAUUUCGUGGGCUAGGUUAAUACCCAGUGGAAAGGUAGAGGAUGGAGUAAAUAAAGAAGGUUUACAGUUCUAUAACGCUCUCAUCGACGAACUUCUUGCUCAUGGGAUUCGACCUUCGGUGACUCUCUAUCACUGGGACCAUCCUCAAGCUCUCGAGGACGAGUAUGGUGGUUUCUUAAGCCCUCAAAUAAUAGAAGAUUUUCGAAAUUUUGCAAGAGUUUGUUUUGAAAACUUCGGAGAUAAAGUUAAGUUGUGGACAACUAUAAAUGAACCAUCCGUUAUAAGUAUUGCGGGGUAUGACACGGGCAACAAAGCAGUUGGAAGGUGCUCGAAAUGGGUGAAUAAUAAGUGUCAAGCCGGUGACUCGGCAACCGAGCCUUACAUUGUAUCACAUCAUCUUCUUCUUUCUCAUGCAGCGGCAGUACAAGAGUUCCGAAAAUGUAACAAGACUUCAAAAGAUGGUAAGAUUGGGAUUGUGAUAUCGCCUCCGUGGCUUGAACCUUACGACUUCACUUCAUCUGCCGACAAACAUGCUGUUGAACGAGGCCUUACCGUAGAAAUAGAUUGGCAUCUAGAUCCGGUAGUUUACGGCGAUUAUCCAAAAAUCAUGAAAAAACACGCCGGUAGUAGAUUACCUUCUUUCACAGCAGAACAGUCAAAGAUGUUAAGAAAUUCAUAUGACUUCAUUGGAAUAAACUAUUACACUGCACGCUUCGUCGCUCAUCGUCCUCACAUUGACCCUGCACUGCGUCGAUUUAGGACUGAUCAUCAAUUUGAGAGGAAAGAAAAAAAUCAUAGUAACCACCUAAUUGGACCAGGGGAAAAUCGAGGCGUACUCUACUACUCGUACCCAGAAGGUUUUCGAAGACUUCUAAACUACGUUAAAGAUAAAUACAAUAAUCCUAUCGUCUAUAUAAAAGAGAACGGAAUCAAUGACUACGAUGAUGGUACAAAAUCACGAGAUGAGAUUCUCAACGAUACAUUUAGGAUAAGCUAUCAUACGGACCACCUUCAACAACUCCAUAAAGCUAUAAUAGAUGAUGGAUGUGACGUCAGAGGAUAUUACACGUGGUCGUUACUGGACAACUUUGAAUGGGAGCAUGGAUACUCUACUAGAUUCGGUCUUUACUACAUUGACCGCGAAAACGAUCUUAAACGGUAUCCUAAAGAUUCCGUCCACUGGUUCAAACAGUUUCUCAAUAUACCGGUGCUAAAAGGUGAACAAACAGAGAAUGAAGAAGGUUGGAAGGAAGAAAAUAAUAACAAGACUUUGGAUGAUUCAGAAGGUUUUGAGACAUCGAUUGAUUCUAUUAUAAAUCUCAUGACAAACACAUCGAGAAUAGAAGAAGAGGGAAAAGAUAUCUGCGCUUUUGAGAAUCCUAAUGAUCAGCUCGGUUUCUUGUUGGGGCCGCAAAGUUAUUUGGAACUCUAGAGAAUCUUUUGUGAACGAGACUUAGACUUUGAACGUGUGAUGUUUUUGGCUACUCUAUGUAUGUUACCAAUAAGCGGAAUAUCCAGCCGACAUGCAUGUAUUCGUGAUUAUAGACUGUAAUCACAUUUAAGUGCAUAUAUAUAUGUUCGUGUUUGUAAUUGGAAGUGACUCCUAUGAGAUUUUUGUGUAAGAGAUAUCACUUAUCUCCCUUGAGGAUCUCCAAUGAAAUCGAUUCCUCUGUUAAUGUC